AUGGACAGAGUCCGACAGACUGAGAAAGAAACUUCUUAUAGUGUAAUGCCACGGGUUGUUGUGACUCAGUCUGAUAGUUCAGGAGACGACAAGUUGGAAAGAAUCCUGUUUGAGUUAGAAGACUACCAGAUUUCCCAUGGAUCCCUCUUGAAAAUACCCCGUGCUCUCACAGAUCUUGAGUCAGCCGUGGCUGUGGCCCAUCCAAUUGGCGUCAGCGUUGUUCCCACGAGGUUUCCUCGUCUACAUUUUGAACACGCUCAAGAUAUUCAACCAUUUUUCAACGAGCUAUACAUGAGUGUAAGCGAAGAUUAUGACUGGCUUGAAUCCAUUAUUCGUCCGUUGGGAGAGGUGGAUGAACAUGUGGGGAAGCUAUGGUCGAUAUGGGAACGGGUAAGGGAGAAGGGCGAGGUGCAACCAUUGCGGUGCGGAAUUUUCAGGAGUGAUUACAUGCUCCACUACAAUCAAAAGAGUACAGAAGGGCAGCACGGCAUAUAUACGGAUCCAAGUGACCAGGUGGAUCGAUCAGUAUUGGACUCGGAGCUUAAGCAGGUGGAAUUCAACACCUAUUCGUGCGCUGGGGGAACUCACGCCAAUAUCGUGGCAAAUAUGCAUCGCUAUCUCAUACAUAAAGGGGUUCACGAAACCGCUUCUCUCCCAGCAAACAGCUCACUCAUGUCUAUCGUAGAGGCACUAGCUGUCGCACAUCAAGCAUAUGGACCACCAAUAUCGCAGACGUGCCAGGCAGCUAUACUCAUGACGGUACAGCCGAACAAUGUUAAUAUUUGCGAUGAACGGCCUAUUGAGUAUGCCCUGUUGGAGAGAAAGCCCCCUAUUAUGCUCUUUCGUGUUUGUUUUGGUGGUGCAGUCCUACAAAAAUGCAGACUGGGCCCGAAUCGUGAACUACUCUUCCAGCUGACCCCGGAGACCGUGCCUAUCGAGAUUUCGGUUGUGUACCAGCGAGCUGGGUACGACUCUCACGAGUACGACCAAAAAGGAAUCGAUGCUCGCCUCCUGCUCGAGAUUUCGCGCGCAAUCAAGUGCCCGACCAUAUUAUCUCAUAUGGCAGGCUUCAAAAAGGUGCAACAAGCACUCACCAGGCCUGGAGUAUUAGAGCGGUUCUUGAGUUCUGAGAAAGCUGUUGGUACUCUACGUCACACGUUUAUGCCACAGUUUCCCAUGGAUCCACCAGAAGACGGAGACGGUGAUGGAAUAAUGAUUGAAAAAAUAACCCGCGAUAGAAAAGAGGCCACCAAUUACGUUCUGAAGCCAUCGCUCGAAGGAGGGGGGCAUAACAUCUACGGAGCUGACAUCCCGGACUUUCUCGACACGGUCCCGAGAGAAGCGCGAAGCAAAUAUAUCUUGAUGGAAAAAAUACAUCCUAUUCCAAUGCAUGGUGUUUUGGUAUCUCCUGAAUCGACUUUUCAAGGUCCGGUUGUUUCUGAGUUGGGCGUGCUUGGUACAUGUCUAUGGCGACGAAAAGGGGGGUCAGGGGAGAGGCCUCAAAUUUUGGAAAGCUCAGGGGCUGGUUGGACAUUCAAAACAAAAUCCAAACAUGUAGAAGAAAUGAGCGUGGUCAAGGGCUACGGGUGUUUUGACUGUCCAUCCCUCUUCUGA